UCAAAAAUUAACCCCAAUUUGUCAUUUAUCAAAAAGUUUGAACGAUGAAUAUAUUACAAACGUAUUAUUUUAUAACGAUAUAAGUGGCAUGAUAGUGACAAUAAUUGUUAUUGGUGUCAUGCGUUGAACAAAUUAAUGAGUAAUACAGAAUUUUGUAUUGUUUUAAGUAUAUGUGCUUACAGUUGCCAUGUUCCAUAAAAUUUGUAUGGUUUCUGAUUUCUUCUUCCCAAAUAUGGGUGGUGUAGAGGAACACAUUUACAAUCUAUCACAGUGUUUAAUUCAAAAAGGGCACAAAGUGGUGAUUAUGACUCACAGUUAUGAAGAUCGAGUUGGAGUACGUUAUAUGACAAAUGGCCUAAAGGUAUAUUAUUUACCAAUAAAAGUGUUUUACAAUCAGUGUGUGUUACCAACAAUGGUUUGCAAUGUACCAUUAAUUCGAUACAUUAUAAUUCGAGAAAGAAUUGAAAUUAUCCAUGGUCAUUCUGCAUUUUCAGCUCUAGCACACGAAGCUAUGUUAAUUGGAAACUUAAUGGGGUUAAAGACUAUAUUUACAGAUCAUAGUCUAUUUGGUUUUGCUGAUGCUAGUGCAGUAAUAACUAAUAAAUUUAUUCAAAUAUCACUUGCCGAUUGCAAUCACUGUAUAUGUGUCUCUCAUAUUGGAAAGGAAAAUACAGUAUUACGAGCAAAAGUUGACAGUAAGCGAGUGUCUGUUAUUCCAAAUGCUGUAGAUACAUAUUCUUUCACUCCUGAUCCAAGUCAAAGAUCAAAAUCACAAAUUACAGUUGUUGUUGUAUCAAGAUUAGUUUAUAGGAAAGGGGUAGAUUUAACAGCUCAAAUUAUAGCAGAUCUAUGUUUGAAGUAUAAAGAAGUAUUAUUUUUAAUAGCUGGAGAUGGUCCAAAAAGAUGGUUACUUGAAGAGAUUCGAGAAAGGAAAGGCCUUCAAGACAGGGUCACACUGUUAGGCAGUUUAGAACAUUCUAAAGUAAGGGAUGUGUUGAUAAAAGGUGAUAUAUUUCUUAACACUUCUCUGACAGAAGCAUAUUGUAUGGCUAUUGUAGAAGCUGCUGCUUGUGGAUUAUUGGUUGUUUCUACUAAAGUAGGUGGUAUUCCAGAAGUUUUGCCAGAAGAUUUAAUCUAUUUAACAGAACCUAAUGUUCCAGCCCUUAUGAAAGGUUUGGAUAAAGCAAUAAGCGAUUUAAAAGAAGGUAAAGUAGUAUGCCCCUACGAAUGCAAUAUGCGUAUUAGGAAAUAUUAUAAUUGGGAAAAUGUAUCUUCAAGAACUGAAGUUGUUUAUCAUAGAGUUUCUCAAGAGUCUACAAAAAAUUUAGGGCAGCAAUUAAAUGGUUAUCUUGCUAGUGGAGUAUGGCCUUUUCUCUUGGUGGUUUCAUUAACUUUUUUGAUAUUACAUUUAUAUGAGUACCUGGUACCAAGGAAAGACAUUGACAUUGUUAAGGAUUAUAAUCAUAAAUUGCAAAGGAAAAUAAAGGAAAGAUAACAAAGAUUUCGCAAUCAUAAAGAUUUAUUUAAUAUUCUUACCAAUAAUAAAUAUAAUAUAAAUGUACAUUUGUGAUU